GGCGUAUGGAGGAAGAGACGCCUAUUACCCCACCCGGAGUCAAGUACCCAGUUCUCACCCAAGGGGAGGCCAGUCACGUGAAGGACACGAGCGGGGAAGCGGAUGGUCAUGCAUCGACCGAAACAUCUUUGAGAUUGGGGAGGCAGCCUAGGCGACUUGAUCAGGAGACAAGGCCACCACCCCAAAUCGAGGAGCAAACACUGACCAUGACGAGAAGCGAGAUGCAGAGGAUGAUUGCCGAAGCUGUAGCAGCCCAAAUCAAACAGACUCGAAUCGAGCAGCCUAGGGUCAAACAACCCAGGAUCGAGCAAGCUAGGGUCGAGCAGCCUCAAAAUGAACAACAACCCCCUGAACGCGAACAGCAGGCGCAGUCACAUGAAAGGCAGAACAGGAGGGCAGAUGAAGAGGAAUCCUCUGUUAGGACUGUCAAUCCACAGGCGAGAAACGACACCCUGGAGCAGUUACUAGCGCAGGUGCGAGAUUUGCAGGCUCGAGUCGAGGGGAGAAAAACAGGAAGCUCGAGGGGACAUCCUUUUUCACAACACAUUCUAGAUGCUGACUUUCCUCAGGGGUUUAGAGAACUUAACAUCUGGUACAACGGGUCGACUGACCCCUCUCGACAUCUGAGGAGUUUUGAAAACAUGGCGGUGUUGCACCGCUACAAUGAUCCCGUUCAAUGUCGAGCGUUCUUGACGAAUCUGCGAGGACCCGCGCAAGAUUGGUUCCAUCAAUUGCCCCCAGGAGCCGUCAGGGACUUUGACGGAUUUAGUUCAAGUUUUCUGAAUCAAUUUGCAAGUGUAAAGGCCCAAGAAAAGUUUUACCUUACUCUGAUAGGUAUGCAACCGAAAGAAGGGGAAACAUUGAGGGAUUAUGUGGCGAGGUACACACGGGCGUGCGUCGACGUCCCCUCGGCCACUGAGGAAAUCAAGUCGGGAGGACUCACUCGAGGACUACUCUCGGGAUUAUGCAGAAACUCCUUAGCAAAACGACCCGGGAGGACGUUCGAUGAGGUGUUAGGAAGGUGCGCUAAGUACAUGAAUGUCGAGGAAGCUGAAGCCGACUUUUUGCAAGCAGCUAAAGCAAAAGCUAAGUCUCAGGACGAGAAGAAGGAUAAGAAACCAAUCGCGACGGGAGAGAGAAAAGGAUCCCCGAAGUCAGAAAGGGAGGGGCGGUCAAGGGGAUGGAGGACAACUCAGUAUACCCCCCUGUCAGCCUCGAAUGGAAGGAUAUUGGAGGUAAUGGAGAAUGAAAUUCGCGAAAAUGUU